UUAUUAUUUGUUUUUUCAAGACAGAGCUUCUCUGUGUAUGUAGCCCUGGUUGUCCUGGAACUCACUCUGUAGACCAGGCUGGCCUCAUACUCAGAAAUCCACCGGCUUCUGCCUCCCAAGUGCUGGGAUUAAAGGCGUGCGCCACCACUGCCUGGCCAUUGAAUAUCUUUAAUCUGUUUAUCUCCUUGAACACAGAUUUAGCUCCAUUCCACUUCCGGUGCCCCUUUAAUCCUUGAGCUGUACAUGCAUUGUAUUUUUCUUGCUCAGUUUGCUAUUUCAUCAAAAUGUUCUUCAUAAGCUGGUGAGAUGCCUUAAUGGUUAGGAGCACUAGCUGCUCUUCCAGAGGUACUGGGUUCAAGUCCCAGCAGCUGCAUAGUAGCUCACAACCAUCUAUUAGGGGAUUUGACGCCCUCUUCUGGCCUAUAGGUGUAUAUGCAGCAGAGCACUCAUAAAUAAAUUUAGAAAAUUUAAAAAAAAAAAAAAAGGUUAACACAACCCAGUGGUGGUGGCUCACACCUUUAAUCCCAGCACACAGAAGGCAGAGGCAGUAGAAUCUCUGUGAGUUUGAGGCCAGCCUGGUCUACAGAAAAACCCUGUCUAGGAAAAAACAAAAACAAGAAACAAAAAAGCAAGAGUUAACAUUAGUUACUACACAACAGAGUCUGUACUAAGUUAUUUUGAGAUUUCCUUUGCCAGUGCAAUUAAUCCAAAAGUCUUUAGGAAAGUCUUUAGCCUCAGGAAAAUCACAGACACGGACAAAAGCAGGUAAGUUCCUUGUCAAAAUAUCGCAAAAACUGUCUCUAGGCUACAUACUAAUGUUCCUCUCCUCUGAGACCUCUUGAGCCAGGCCUCCACAGUUUAACUCACCCUCAGCACCACUGCCUUCCACAUUCUGCUAGGGUGGCCUAUUAAGUCCCUCUUAAAGCAUUCCAUUGCUUUCCUACUGCAGAGUUCCCUAAUCCACAUUCCUCCACACAAGAACAUGGCCAGACUGGUCACAGCAAUACCCAAGUCCCUGGUAUCAACUUCUGUGAGACACCAUGACCAAGGCAACUCUUAUAAAGGACAUUUAAUUGAGGCUGGCUUACAGGUUUAGAAUAGAAUUUAGUCCAGUAUCAUCAUGGCGGGCAGCAUGGACGAAGGCAUGGUGCUGGAGAAGCCAAGAGUUCUACAUCUUGAUCUGGAGGGAGGAGGCUGUCUCUCAUUGGCCAGACUUGGAUUUGGGUUUGUUCCCCCACCCCCACCCCCGAGACAGGGUUUCUCUGUAUAGCCCUGGCUGUCCUGGAACUCACUCUGUAGACCAGGCUGGCCUUGAACUCAGAAAUCCGUCUGCCCCUGCCUCCCAAGUGCUGGGAUUACAGGUGUGCGCCACCACUGCCCGGCUCAUUGGCCAGACUUGAGCAUAUAUAUGAGACCUCAAAGCUUGCCUCCUCGGUGACACACUUCCCCAACCAGGCCACACCUCCUAAUAGUGCCAUUCUAUGUGAGUCUGGUGUUCAAGUACAUGAGUGUAUGGGCCUGUGCCUGUGCAGACUACCACAGAAGCUAAAGCAUGCCCUUCCAUGGUGAUUCUUGGUUAUGUUAAGUUGACAAAACUAACCCUCACACUGACCCCAAGAAGGAAACAAAGCCGAUGAGAAGAUACCUCUGCUGUUUAUGACGUGUAUGCGGCCAGGUAUGGCCGUGGUUUCUUCAAGGCCAGCCUGGUCUAUGUGGAGAGAAUCUGUAUCAAAUACACAAACCGAUACAUAAGUGUUGCUUUACUGCUCUUGACCCAUGUCCAUCCAUGGAGCAUCUCAUAAGGACUUCUGGGCAUUCAGCACUUGCAAUCCCACAGAUGCCUGCAUUUAUAGGUGCACACCCUCCCCACAUACACAUAAUAGAAAUAAUACAAUGUAAUAAAAAUAAAUCUUUACAAAUGCUGGUAUCUUCCCCAAAUGUUAUGCUACCUAAAAAAGGUAGCACUGUCACUCCCUUUACCCACUACAGUGACGGUCAUGACCAAGCACCCCAAGUGGGUAACUCCAUGAACACUCACUCUGUUUCAGAAGCUACAAACUCAAGAUGAUCAAGACUCGGUCUCUCUCGGGGUCAUUUGUGUGUUUUGUCUUUUGAGACAGCCCUUUGUAGCCUGGGUUGGCCUUAAUUCCUUGUACCUGAAGAUAGUCUUGAGUUGGUCCUUCAGGUAUACACCACACUGGGAUUUACAUUGUCUUCCUGUGUCUAAGUCCUGAUCUCUUAUCCAUAAUAGGUGUUAAGGCCCACUCCAGUAUUAUGAAGCUGUUUCCUCCAAAUUGAAAUGUCCUCUAGGAGGAAAUGGAGAGAGAGAGACUUAGGACUCAGGAAGCCAAAGAAACUGUAAGGUUAUGUAACCUGGGAGCAGGUACUGGGAGGAAGGAGACUUGAUGGAUCAGACUGUAAGCUGUGGAAGAGGCUCCAGGGAUACAGAAGUCCUCAUCUGCUGGGGUGAGCUUUCCAGUGACAAAGCUGCCUUUGGUCACAUAAGUAACUGAUAAAGUCAUUGGUUCACUCAAGCUAGACAGGUGAAGUCCCUUCUUUGGUCAGUUACUGGUGUCCCUUGUAAGAUUCCAGGAUAAUUAUCUCCUCAGAAAAAUACAACAAAAAUCUUUUCUUGUGAGGACUGCUCAAGGACCUUAGAACAACCAAAGUUUCCAUUCUAGAUGUCCCAUUGAAUCAUUGGUGGGGGAGGGAAACCCUUGAGUGGGAUUGCCUGAAAGCUGGUCAAAGAAUCCAGUGAUGAGGCUUCCAGGAGUCAUCCCUACACCAACUAGAACUGACUGAAUCACCUGUGCCCUGCGGAACACUGGUGGGCACCAAAGAAAUAACUCCAGGGCCCAGACAGAUGGAUCAGUGGUUAAGAGCCUGGCUACUCUUCCAGAGGAUCCCAGUUCAAUCCCCUCCUCACAACUGUCUGUAACUCCAGUUCCUGAGGAUCUAAUGUCCUCUUCUGACCUCUGUGGGCUCAUGCACGCAUGCACACACUUUAUUUAUUUUUUAAUUUUUAAAUUUAUUGAAUGUGUGAGUGCUCUGCCACAUAUACACCCACAUGCCAGAAGAGGGCAUCAGAUCCCCUUAUAGAUUGUGAGCCAACCUGUGGUUGCUGGAAUUUGAACUCAGGACCUCUGGAAGAGCAACCACUGCUCUUAACUGCUGAGCCAUCUCACCAGCCCCCCAACACACAUCUUUUUGAGACAGGGUUUCACUUUGUAGCUUAAGAUGACCUGGAACUUUCUAUGUAGACCAGGCUGGCCUACUUGCUAUGUAGACCUGCUUCUUAAAUGCUGGUCUUGAAAGUGUAUAUUAUACCACACCCAACUAAAUAUACUUAAAAAAAAACAAAAAACAAAAAAAAAAAAACAGGUCCACCCAAGUCUACCUGAUAAAAAGAUUAUAUUUCCCCAGAAAAAAAAGUCACACAGCCCCUAUUACCUACGUCACUUUACCUUAAUUAGCUCUUUUAAAAAAAAGAAGAAGAAGAAACUUUUAGCCGGGUGGUGGUGGCACACGCCUGUAAUCCCAGCACUCUGGGAGGCAGAUGCAGGUAGAUUUCUGAGUUUGAGGCCAGCCUGCUCUACAGAGUGAGUUCCAGGACAUCCAGGGCUAUACAGAGAAACUCUGUGUCGGGAAAACAAAAAACAAACAAAAACAAACAAACAAAAAAAAAAAACCAAAAAUCAAAAAAAACAAAAACAAACAAAAAAACUUUUUUUUUCAAAAAGAACUUUAAGAUUUAUUUAUUGUAUGUCUGUGAAUGUGCUGUUGCUAUCUUCUGACACACCAGAAGAAGGCAUCGGAUCUCGUUACAGAUGGUUGUGAGCCACCAUGUGGUUGCUGGGAAUUGAACUCAGGACCUCUGGAAGCACUCAGUGCUCUUAGCCACUGAGCCAUCUCUCCAGACCUUAAUAAAACUUUAAAAAAUGAUAUUUCAUUGUACGUGCAUUGGUGUUUUGCCUGCAUGUAUGAAUGUGUGAAAGUAUCAUCUGGAACUGAAUUACAGCCCACCUUAACUAGCUCUUUAAAGACUAUUUCCACAUAUAGCUGCAUUGUGAGGAAGGGGUUGGGCCUUGACGAUUUGGACCUAGGAUGAGAGACACACUAUAGCCAUAAUUAGGGAGGACUGCUCGUGAGUACACACUUCGGAAAUUAGUGGCAAUCCAGGCAUGACUAUGACAAUAUGCUGCAGUGUUUGGAAUUAGAGUUCACUGUUAGAGAUGCUGUCAAACCAGAACUGGAAUUAGAAUUGGGGAAUUGUUAUUGUGUGCAUGUGUAACGCACACGCUCAUAUGGGAGUCGCAGUACAACUCAUGGGAGUCUGCUUGUCCUAUCACAUGGAUAUUCCAGGGAUGGAGCUCAGGUUGUUAUGUUUGGCAGCAAAUGCUAUCACACCAUCUCACCAGCCCCUGGAAUCAGGACACUUUUUGAAUCUUUAAGAACCAAAUUGUGGCCUUUGGUCAUCAUUUUGUCAAGGGAUAGUGUCAUCUCUUCUAACACACUGUGUUUCCUUCACAGUAGACACUGUUCUAAGUCCUUGUCAACCAGCAAGUCCUCUAGUUCUGUGGCAGUCCUGUGAACUAGGUGCUGUUAACCUUUCUUCUUCAGGGCUAGCAAUGUGCCCAAAUUUUCUAUGCUCACACAGCUAAUACAGAAAUACAGCAAGCAGGGCCAGGCUGGUGCCCAUUGCUGUGCUGCUCUGUGUUGUGCUGUGCUGUCCUGCUCUGUGCUGUGCUGUGCUGUCCUGUCCUGUCCUGCUCUGUGCUGUGCUGUGCUGCCCUACUCUGUGCUGCUCUGUGCUGUGCUGUCCUGUCCUGCUCUGUGCUGAGCUGUGCUGUGCUAUGCUCUCCUGCUCUGUGCUGAGCUGUGCUGUGCUGUCCUGUCCUGCUCUGUGCUGUUCUAUGCUGUGCUGUGCUGUCCUGUCCUGCUCUGUGCUGAGCUGUGCUUGCUGUGCUGUGCUGUCCUGUCCUUCUCUGUGCUGUGCUAUGCUGUCCUGUCCUGUCCUUCUCUGUGCUGGGUUGUGCUGUCCUGUCCUGUCCUGUCCUGCUCUGUCCUGCUCUGUGCUGUGCUGACCUGUCCUGUCCUGUCCUGCUCUGUGCUGUGCUGUGCUGUCCUGUCCUGCUCUAUGCUGUCCUGUCCUGUCCUGCUCUGUGCUGUGCUGUGCUGUGCUGUCCUGCUGUCCUGCUCUGUCCUGCUCUGUGCUGUGCUGUCCUGUCCUGCUCUGUGCUGUGCUGAGCUGUGCGAGAGCCACCACACUGCUGUGAGAGUUUAACUAUCCUCGCCUUGUAGAGGAGGAAGCAGGCUCAGAGAACAACAUGACAUGACAUGAGAUAGGAGGAAUCCAGGCCUCCCACCAACUGGCUAAGGCAAGGUGUUAGGAACAGUGUGGACUUGUGCCCAGGUAUGUGUCUAUGUGGUGGGUUAAUUGCAAAAAUAAAAUGGGGGAGGAGCUGGGAAGAAAAGAGGUGAACUUGGGCUGUGAUGGUACACGCUUUUAAUCCCAGCACUCAGGAGGCAGAGACAGGUAGAUCUCAGAGUUCGAGGCUAUCUUGGUGUAGAGCGAGUUCCAGAACAGCCAGGGCUAUGCAGGGAAACCCUGUCUUGGGCGGGGGUGGGUGGGGAUGGAAUGCUGCAUUAGCCAGGUAUGGUGGCUCACUCCGUUGGCCCCACUACUUGGGCCAGAGUCAGGCAGAUAUCUGAGUGAGUUGAGGCUACCCUGGCCCACAAAGCAAGUUCCAGGACAGCCAGGGAACACAGAGAAAUCUUGUCUUAAAAAAAAAAAAAAAAGGAAGGAAGAAAGAAAGGAAACAGAAGAAAAGAAAAAGCAGGCCGGACACCCAUGUCACUCCCAGGACACCCAGUGUUCUGCCUGCUGCUUUCCUGCUGUCAGAACCUCUGGCCUAAGGCUUGCCCGCGUCCUAGCAGACAGCCCUUGGCAAGGCUUCCAGAGAGCUUAACCUGCUAGGGGCCUCAAGACCAGUGUCAGAAGUGUCAAAGGGACACCAAACAGGUUCUCAGGUGGCGCGAUGCCUGUAUCCCUGGGACAGACACCUUUCUUUCAGCUUUGAGUGGGUGCAGCAGAAACCCUAGUGACCUUGCUGCUGACAUUCCUUAGAAGCCACGUGGCCCCAACUGGCAGGGACAGCUGCAGACAGGGCCUGAACCAGCCUUGUUCCCAGGGUGGCGCCCAUCGUCCAUCCAGGCCCUGCUUGGCUUUUGCCUGGUGUUCCUUUUCCCUCGCAGAGAUCAGCCGGCACUGUGCGUCUACACACACCAUGAGCGUCUAAAAGACACCUAGCCGACCACGGUCUUUCCGAGUGGCCAGGCUGUGGGAGGAUGGGGCAGGACCAGACAAAGCAACAGAUCGAGAAAGGACUGCAGCUGUACCAGUCCAACCAGACAGAGAAGGCACUGCAGGUGUGGAUGAAGGUGCUGGAGAAAGGCUCCGACCUCGUGGGCCGCUUCCGGGUGCUGGGCUGCUUGGUAACAGCGCACUCAGAGAUGGGCCGCUACAAAGAGAUGCUGAAGUUUGCUGUGGUCCAGAUUGAUACAGCUCGGGAGCUGGAGGAUGCUGACUUCCUGCUUGAGAGCUACCUGAACCUGGCGCGUAGCAAUGAGAAGCUGUGUGAGUUCCACAAAACCAUCUCCUACUGCAAGACCUGCCUCGGCCUGCCUGGCACCAGGGCUGGUGCCCAGCUUGGGGGUCAGGUCAGCCUGAGCAUGGGCAAUGCUUUCCUGGGUCUCAGCCUCUUCCAGAAGGCCCUCGAGAGCUUUGAGAAGGCCCUGCGCUAUGCCCACAACAACGAUGACACCAUGCUGGAGUGCCGUGUCUGCUGCAGCCUGGGCAGUUUCUACGCCCAGGUCAAGGACUAUGAGAAAGCCCUGUUCUUUCCCUGCAAGGCUGCAGAGCUUGUCAACGACUACGGCAAAGGCUGGAGCCUCAAAUACCGGGCCAUGAGCCAGUACCACAUGGCUGUGGCCUACCGCCUGCUGGGCCACCUGGGCAGUGCCAUGGAGUGCUGUGAGGAGUCCAUGAAGAUUGCCCUGCAGCACGGAGACCGCCCGCUUCAGGCACUCUGUCUCCUCUGCUUUGCUGACAUCCACCGGAGCCGUGGGGACCUGGAGACAGCCUUCCCUAGGUAUGAUUCUGCUAUGAGCAUCAUGACGGAGAUCGGGAACCGCCUGGGGCAGGUGCAUGUGCUGCUGGGCGUGGCCAAGUGCUGGAUGGCCAGGAAGGUGCUGGACAAGGCUUUGGAUGCCAUCGAGAAAGCCCAGGACCUGGCUGAAGAGGUUGGAAAUAAGCUGAGCCAGCUCAAGCUGCACUGCCUGAGUGAGGUCAUCUACCGCAGCAAAGGGCUGCAGCGCGAGCUGCGCGCGCACGUCGUGAGCUUCCACGAGUGCGUGGAGGAGACUGAGCUCUACUGCGGCCUCUGCGGCGAGUCCAUUGGGGAAAAGAACAGCCGGCUGCAGGCCCUGCCCUGCUCCCACAUCUUCCAUCUCAGAUGCCUGCAAAACAAUGGCACCAGGAGUUGCCCCAACUGCCGCCGCUCCUCCAUGAAGCCAGGCUUUGUGUGAUGUCACCGGCCAUCCUGGGUUUCCACACAACCUCCCCUGGCUCCUUCUCCGUUAUCAAGCUGGAGGCCCUGGUCAAAUCCUAGGGUAGCAGCCAGGACCUCCAUAGCCAACUCAGGGCCAGAGGCCUGCCUGCUGCUCCUCUGGGCCUCGCUUCCCUCGCCUGCCUCUUUGUACUUUGUUCUUUAUAGAAAAAUAAAAUGUUUGUACCUGGUGCCAGGGAUUUCUGACCCUUCAUC